AGCGAGAGACAAAGACUCUCUCUCUCUCUCUGUAAUAUUCGAUCUUCUCCUUUUCUUGGUAUCUGAUUGUCGAAGGAGAAGCAAGUGCAGCGGCAAGCGAGAGAGUUUCCCUUGCUGGGUAUAGAGAGAAUCGGUGCAUGUUGCAUAGCAGAUCUCUUGAAAACAGCUAGGCUUACGUUUCCAAACUCUAAUCCUUUCAAAAACCUUUCGUGAUUUCGGGUGAUAUCCUAGUCCAGCUUUUGCUUGGAGGGAAAUCCCGGAAAAAAAUGGCGCCCAGGUUCCUUUUGGCCUUGGCGAUAUGCAAGCUGAUCGUCACUGUUGGAUUGAACGUCGAGCCGGCGGAGCUCCUCCAGCUCGGCGUCGGCGGGGGGCUGCUCAGCAUGGACCGGCCCGACGUGGAGUCCGCCUCCCUCGACUUCGGCAUGAUGAGCCGGGUCGAGCCGCUGGCGGUGUACCACCCGAGCUCCGCGGACGACGUGGCCCAGCUCGUCAGGGCUGCGUACUGCUCGGGGCGCGGGUUCGCCGUCUCGGCGAGGGGCCACGGGCACUCGAUCAACGGGCAGGCCCAGGCCGCCGGGGGCGUGGUCAUAAAGAUGAGCAGCGCGGGGCCGGCGGCGGCCGAGGGCUGGCCCGCCCCGCGCGUGGCGGCGGAGGAGAGGUACGUGGACGUGUGGGGCGGGGAGCUGUGGAUAGAUGUGCUGAGGAGCACGUUGGAGCGUGGGCUGGCGCCGAAGUCGUGGACCGACUACUUAUAUCUGUCCGUGGGUGGGACGCUGUCCAACGGUGGAAUUAGCGGGCAAGCCUUCAAUCACGGACCUCAGAUCAGCAAUGUGUAUGAGCUCGACGUCGUCACAGGCAAAGGUGAUAUCGUGACCUGCUCGGAGGAAAAGAACUCGCAACUGUUCCAUGCUGUUCUCGGCGGGCUUGGCCAGUUCGGGAUCAUCACGAGGGCCAGAAUCGCUCUUGAGCCAGCUCCUCAAAGGGUGAGGUGGAUUCGUGUACUGUACUCGAAUUUUUCGUCCUUUACCAGGGACCAAGAAUAUCUCACAUCACUGCAUGGAGAGCCAGCUAGCAAGAAAUUCGACUAUGUGGAGGGCUUUGUCAUUGUGGAUGAAGGCCUCAUCAACAAUUGGAGGUCUUCUUUCUUCUCCCCUCGCAAUCCCGUCAAGAUCUCCUCCCUUGGCACCGAUGGAAGCGUUUUGUACUGCUUGGAAGUCACCAAGAACUACGACGAAUCAAAUGCCGACACGGUGGAUCAGGAAGUGGAAGAUCUGUUGAAAGAUCUCGACUUUAUACAAACAUCGGUGUUCACCACCGAUAUACCCUACGUGGAUUUCCUGGACCGGGUCCACAAGGCCGAGUCGAAGCUCCGGUCCAAGAACCUGUGGGACGUUCCUCACCCGUGGCUCAACCUAUUCGUCCCCAGAUCGAGGAUUGCCGACUUCGAUCGAGGCGUGUUCAAGGGCAUCUUGGGGAACAAGACGAGCGGGCCCAUCCUCAUCUACCCCAUGAAUAAGAACAAGUGGGACCAGAGGAGCUCCGCGGUGACGCCGGACGAGGACGUGUUCUACCUAGUGGCCUUGCUCCGGUCGGCGACCGUCAGCGGCGGCGGCGGCGGCGGCGGCGACGCGAGCCGGAGGCUGGAGCACCUGGUCGACCAGAACCGCCGGAUCCUGAAGUUCUGCCGCGACGAGGCGAUCGAUGUGAAGCAGUACCUGCCCCACCACGCCACGCGUGAGGAGUGGGCGGACCACUUCGGGGACGAGAGGUGGGCCCGGUUCCACCGGAACAAGAUGGAGUUCGACCCGAAGCGGAUCCUGUCCACGGGUCAACGCAUCUUCAAGCCCGACUUCGGUUCUUAUCCGAACACGGCCUUGUCGUUGUGAUUUUUGGCUUACUACUCCCGCUGCUGCACAUAGGGUGUACGUGUAUUGAAUUUAGGGAAGAUUCCUGUACAAAUUAGGUAAUAUUUUUAUUCCCUUCAAUUAUUAACCUUUUUUUAAUGUUCGUCUCUUCAAUUAUUAUAUCUUGAUGAUGAUUAGAGAGAAGGAGAAGGCGUAUGACCUAAGGUUAUAUCGUAAUUAAUGUGUUCGACGUGAUAUUACCAGAAAGAAAAUAGAGAAUGCAUAUUCGUGAUUCUA